UUAUAUGGAUGCUUAUGGACAAUAGUAGAAGGGGGGAUUGGAAUUUAAGUUUUUGUGGCUGAAUGAUGAUUUCUCAAGUGGUUUCAUCCAUGGCCGGGCUUAAACGGAGCUUUGAAUCGCUGUGGGAGGGUUGGAAGAAGCCUGAGAAUUCUGGAAGAAGAGGGAAAAGGCUGAAGAUUGAAAGGAGCUAUUCCAAGAUAGCUGAUAAUUAUUCUUCCUUGGAGCAGGUUACUGAUGCUCUUGCCCAAGCUGGUCUGGAAUCUUCAAACCUUAUUGUUGGUAUUGAUUUUACUAAAAGCAAUGAAUGGACAGGGAAAAACUCUUUCAGCAACUGUAGUUUACAUAAAAUUGGCAACAUUCAAAAUCCAUAUGAACAUGCCAUUUCUAUCAUUGGCCAGACUUUAUCAGGAUUUGAUGAUGAUAACCAAAUUCCAUGUUUUGGUUUUGGAGAUGCAUCAACUCACGAUCAAGAUGUUUUCAGUUUCUACCAGGAUUUUCGACCGUGCAAUGGGUUUUCAGAGGCUAUAUCUCGAUAUAGAGAAAUAGUCCCGCAUUUGAACUUGUCUGGGCCAACGUCAUUCGCUCCUGUAAUUGAGAUGGCUAUGACUAUUGUCGAAGAGAGUGGAGGACAAUACCAUGUUUUGUUAAUAAUCGCCGAUGGACAGGUUACAAGAAGUGUAAAUACGGAGUAUGGCCAAUUAAGCUCACAAGAAAAGGAAACCAUUGAAGUUAUAGUGAAAGCUAGUAAAUUUCCUUUGUCCAUUGUUUUGGUUGGUGUUGGCGAUGGUCCAUGGGAGAUGAUGAAAGAAUUUGAUGAUAACAUUCCUGACCGAUCCUUCGACAAUUUUCAGUUUGUAAAUUUCACAGAAAUCUUGUCAAAGGAUGUGCCUCAAAAUCGAAAAGAGACAGAAUUUGCUCUUUCAGCACUAAUGGAAAUUCCGUCACAAUAUAAAGCGACAAUAGAGCUUGGCAUCCUUGGCAGGCAUUGUGUUGAAAAACCUCCAAAAAGGAUCAGUCUUCCUUCACCGAUUAGGACUCAUGGUGCAAAAUUGAACACAGCUCUUCAAGAAACUUCUCCAUCAUCUGAUCGGGUUUGCAUUGUUUGCCUCACCAAUCGCAAAGAUGUGGCCUUUGAAUGUGGACAUCAGACAUGUUAUGAAUGCGGAAGAAAGCUAUCAUCAUGCCCUUUGUGUCGUCGUCCCAUAUAUAAAAGGCUAAAGCUAUACUAAGAGUUUUUGACAGAUCUACGUACCAUUUUGGCUAAAUGCAUAUAUGAAUAAUCCUUUUAGCUUCAAAAGGAAGACAUUAGUAUGGUUGGCUCUCUUUGGAUCAGUCCCAUUUAGAGAGAUCAUGCAUAAAUAUACUCCCACAUCCACACAAUUAAUAAUUAAAAAAAAAACACAAAAUGAAGCUACAUCAAAAAUUUGUAGUCAUUAUUGAAGAAAAAAAAAGGUGAGAGGCUAGCUCAUGAAGUAAAAAACGAAGAAGUAGGAAGAGAAAGAAGAAAGGCGAUCCGACAGAUACAACGCCAGAUUUCACUCAAAGAUUGGAUAGAGGAUUCUUGCAAGAAGCUUUUCUUAUUGAUCACUUGGCUUGAUCCCUUCUUGAUGUCUUUUGUUAUCCAUCUCCAAUGGUGAUCAUAACACAUAUUUUUGUAAGCCUCUUUUGGUGAUUAUUGAUGACAUUAUGGUUGUAUACCUCCAGUUGAAUCUAGAGAGGACUUUGUUAUUCUAAUUGUUGAC